AUGUGGAGAUACACAAACUUGUUCGCCUGUCUGUUGGUUUUGUGUUCGGAUGGGUCUUCACAGAGCAAGAUCUUUGGGGAGACUGAGCCUGUCCGGAUGACAUCAGAAGGCUCAGACUGCCGAUGUAAAUGCAUCAUGCGCCCUCUCAGCAAGGAUGCCUGUGUGCGGCUGCGAAGUGGCAGUGUACGUGUGGAGGACUUCUACACAGUGGAGACGGUCAGCUCCGGAUCUGACUGCAAGUGCUCGUGCACUGCCCCACCUUCCUCCCUCAACCCCUGUGAGAAUGAGUGGAAGAUGGAGAAGCUGAAGAAACAGGCCCCUGAGUUACUAAAGCUCCAAUCUAUGGUGGACCUCCUCGAGGGAACCCUUUACAGCAUGGAUCUAAUGAAAGUCCACGCCUACAUCAACAAGGUGGUGUCACAGAUGAACACCCUGGAAGAGACAAUCAAGACAAACCUUACACGGGACAAUGAUUUUGUCCGGGACAGCAUGGUGAGCCUCACCAACCAGUUCAAGAGAUAUGAGAACUACUCCAACAUUAUGAUGAGCAUCAAGAAGGAGAUCUCCAGUCUCAGCCUGCAGCUGCUUCAGAAAGACUCAGCUGAGAGCAAAGUACAGAACACUAACGAUGAGAAAACCAAGGUUUCCGUAAAAGUACCGAACAAAAAGAACCCUGCAGCCAAACCCCCUCCGAAAUCACCCAAAGAAAAGGUCAUAAAGCCCAAGAAAGAGGUCAUCAAACCUGGGAAGCCGGUCAAGCCUGACCCUACAGUCAAAGCCAAGGUGGUUGGACACCAGCCUGGGGUGGUGAGGGGCAUCACUUACUACAAGGCUGCCAAGACCAGUGAUGAGCAUGGAGAAGAUCACUCUGCCAAAAUGUACACCGUCCACCACAUCACAGAAAGCCAGUCUGAGGACGGAGGAGCUGAAAUGGUCCUGGAAAACAUGGAGGCCACGGUGGCUGAAGCCAUCACUACCACUGCAGUUCCCACCACCACAGCAACUAGAACCACAACUACUACCACCGCUACACCCACCACUAUCACCACACAGGGAGCACCAGCAUCUGAAAGACCAGCUCCAACCAUCGUGCUGCUGCUGGACAACUCCAACAACAACAGUCGGCCCACACUCCACAGAGCAGGGAAGAUCCUCAGCUGUGAAGGAACGCUAGCAUCCAUCGAGCAGCCAGAGAAGCAGCACAGUUAUGGGCGCAACGAGGGAGCCUGGAUGAAGGAUCCUCUGGCCAAAGACAACAAGAUCUACGUCACUAACUAUUACUACGGAAACAACCUGGUGGAGUUCCGCAAUCUUGAUAACUUCAAACAAGGCCGAUGGAGCAACCUUUUCAAACUGCCUUAUAACUGGAUAGGAACAGGCCAUGUCGUCUAUAACGGAGCCUUCUACUACAACAGAGCCUUCACCAAGAACAUCAUCAAGUAUGAUCUGAGGAUGCGCUAUGUGGCAGCCUGGACGCUGCUGCAUGACGUGGUUUACGAGGACACCACCCCCUGGAAGUGGAGGGGACACUCAGACAUUGACUUUGCAGUGGAUGAAAGUGGUCUGUGGGUGAUCUACCCUUCCAUGGACUAUGACUACAACCAGCAAGAAGUGAUUAUCAUCAGUAAACUAGAUCCUGGCGACCUAUCCUUGAAAAAGGAAACAACAUGGAGGACAGGUCUCAAGAGAAACUCUUAUGGGAACUGCUUCAUCAUCUGUGGAGUCUUGUAUGCUGUCAAUGUGUACAACCAGAAAGAGGGUGAGGUGAACUAUGCUUAUGAUACCCACACCAAGAGUGAAGCCAUCCCUCACCUGUCCUUUACCAAUGAGUACUCCUUCACCACCCAGAUUGACUACAACCCCAAAGAGAAGGUGUUGUAUGCCUGGGACAAUGGCAAUCAGGUGACAUAUCAGGUUAACUUUGUCGGCCAGUGAGCCCAGCUAGAUUGUGCGACAGAUAAGCUCACAGUAGGCCUGCCAGUAUGGCACCUAUAUAGAAAAAAUGAUGUUCAGUAUUGACAGCCAAGAAGCAGGCAUAUCGGACUAAACAGGACAAAGGAUGAAUCUACUCCAGCCUUCCACUACCAAUGCAUGCUAUUCAAACAACUGACCUCGCAAAGUACCAAACAUACAUGCCUUAAAUAUGUAUUGAUAUGUGUUUGUACAAUAUGCCAAUAGAAUGGGGCGCAAACAGUGGAAAUAAUCGAAUGGGUUGAGUUAAAGCUCA